UCGUUCGCUUUUUACUCCUGUAUAAUAUUCUCGGUUCCUUUUCUCGCCUUCACCUUUUCUCAAUACGCUCCCACCAAAUUAACCUUUUUUCCCUUUCCCUUUCCCUUUGCCUUUCCCUUUCGCGGCGUUCGCGAGCACCAUCCACGGCGGCGUCCAUGGCGGCGGCGGCGGCGGCGGCGGCGAGCAGGGAGGAGAACGUGUACCUGGCGAAGCUGGCGGAGCAAGCGGAGCGGUACGAGGAGAUGGUGGAGUUCAUGGAGAAGGUGGCGGCGGCGAAGGGCGACGCGGAGGAGCUCACGGCGGAGGAGCGCAACCUCCUCUCCGUGGCCUACAAGAACGUCAUCGGCGCGCGGCGGGCCUCGUGGCGCAUCGUCUCCUCCAUCGAGGCCAAGGAGGAGGGGCGCGGCAACCCCGACCACGCCGCCGCGAUCCGCGCCUACCGCUGCCGCGUCGAGGCCGAGCUCGCCUCCAUCUGCGGCGGCAUCCUCGCCCUCCUCGACUCCCGCCUCGUCCCCUCCGCCGCCUCCGCCGACUCCAAGGUCUUCUACCUCAAGAUGAAGGGCGACUACCACCGCUACCUCGCCGAGUUCAAGACCGGCCCCGAGCGCAAGGACGCCGCCGAGAACACCCUCGCCGCGUACAAGGCCGCGCAGGACAUAGCGUCGGCGGAGUUGGCGCCGACGCACCCGAUCCGGCUGGGGCUGGCGCUUAAUUUCUCGGUGUUUUACUACGAGAUCCUCAAUUCGCCGGACAAAGCUUGCUCUCUCGCAAAGCAGGCUUUCGACGAAGCGAUUGCCGAGCUAGAUUCUCUUGGAGAGGAGUCAUACAAGGAUAGCACCCUAAUAAUGCAGCUUCUUCGCGACAACCUCACCUUGUGGACUUCGGAUAUGCAGGAUGAUGGGGUUGAUGAUAUCAAAGAGGCAACCAAGGCCGAUGAUGAGCAGUAGUAGCUUAUUAUUUAUGGGCGUGUUCUGCUGCUCCGGUUCGUUUUUAAAUGUUCCAGCUUGCAGAUUUAUCAAUUGCAAGUACCUUUUCCUCUCUAUUUUUCUUCUUUUUCCUGUGGCUUGAGACGGAAGUGCCUCCUGUACUCGGUUUUCCAUUUCUUUUGCUGCUUUAUUAGGUGUGCUGCUGUUAUGUUUGCAUCAUGAGAAUGCUAUAUACUUCCCUAUUUAAUAUAUUUGGCUUAUGAAAUUUCUCUUCUUUCUACAA